CCCGCAGGUGGUUCUUGUGUGUUAGCAGGUACAGUAUGUGAAGGAGGUUCAGCAUGUCAGAAUGGUAUCUGUGAAUGUGGACUUGGUUCAGUUGCACAAAACGGUCGCUGUGUCCCUGCAAAUUCCUAUCAGCCUACACCAAUUCUGGAACCUGGUGCAGUAUGUGUAUCGUUGUGUGCGGUAUGCGCGCAAUGUGGUGGAGGAUCGAUAUGUGUCAAUGCUAGACCUGGUGAUAAGUGUAACGCAUCAGAAAUAUGUGAUGGUGGAUCAUCAUGCAUUAUCGGUCGUUGUGUAUGUCCUCCUGGAUAUGUGCCUGAUGACGGAAGGACGAGUUGUAUCAACAUUCUGUUGGAGCCGUUACCUCAUGAAAGAGCAUCUCAUCCCGGUCAAAGCUGUUUGCAAACGAAUAAGUGUGAUGGUGGAGCAAAAUGUGUUGAUGGCAUUUGUUUAUGCCCGGUCAAUUCCUAUCAGUCUUACAAUAAGUGCAUUAAGGAUGAUCCAUUCAAGCCCAUUUGUACGUAUUUUGAAUGAAUUUCACAUAGUCUGUUCGCAUUUAUCAGUUUCCCAAAGCGGUUUAUUUAUUAGAAUGAAACGGUACAUCAGGGCUUGCCUUGCAAUACGUUCUGUAACUUGA